AUGCUAUAUGCCCUUGGUGUGAAAAUUGGCACUGGCAGAGACAUAAAUGUACUUCAAUCACAUUUCUUUUCUGCAGAGGAAGCAUGGCCUUUGCUCCAGAAUGUUGAUGAAUGGAAGAUAGCAUUAGACAGAAAAUUAGUAAGGAAGAUUGUGCAGUGGGGUUGGACUUAUGUGUGGGUGGUGUUCAUGGUGAAGUCAUUGGACAUAGGAAGGAGCUAUAUAUGUGGGUGUGUGGGGAUAAAGGAGCUAAUAGAAUCUUGUCUUGUAAUGCAUUGUGAGGAAGGACAAAACCAUGUGAAGAUGCAUAAUAUGGUCCGUGAUGGGGUGUGGCAACACUAA